ACCAUCCCUAACCCCUUGAAGUAAAAAGCCAUUCACCCCCAGCGCCCUCAGAAGAAUUCUCGCCUCACUUCUCAGCAUAAAGCAAAGGCCCUCUUCUCUGAUCCUUGUCUUCUCUCCUCCACCUCUUUUAUAGACCCAUAUUAACCACAGUCAGCAUGCAAUGAUGAUAUUAUGAUAGCCUUGUUCUGUUUUUUCCUCGAUCCGUGUCCUCUCUAGUAUAUAUUUUUAAGUGCGCAUCUUCUCCUCGAGAAAUAAAAUAUAGAGAUCAAGGACAAAUAUUAUGGGUGGUUCAAGUAGAAGUAGUAGUAGUAUUAGGAGUAGUAGUCGCAGUUCCUUGCAUUUGAGGGUCGUGUUUGGAGCACUUGCAUUGGUGGGGGUUAUUUUUCUUUUCACGGCUAGCAGCCAGCGGAGUGGAAGAACAGAGAUUGCGCCAACACUAACGUCUGACUCCGAAGGAAAUUCCAAGUUAGAUGCAUAUGUUAUGGGCAGAGGAAAUUUCAUCGACCAUCCAGAGUUGGAUCUAAACUACAUGAGCAAAAGACGAGUUCCUAACAGACCAGAUCCUAUACAUAACAGAGACCUGUUGAAGGACCUACAGCAGUGAAGCAAGACCUUAGAAGCUUUAAGCUUAAAUUAGAAUAUAUAAAAGCCUUGCCUGUGCGUGCUUUCAUAUUUUUUUAAUAUUAGAUUGUUGCAUAACGUAAGAUUUAUUCUUGCUUCCAUGCCCAAUUCCAUACUUCCAUUGUGUUGAAACUUUC